AAUCAAUCGAGUCUCUUCUUCCCGGCCACGCUAAGGAUAGAGGUGUCCGGCAGUGUUGAAGGGGGAAUGACGUUAUCUUUUGGGGACGAGGUAAGAGCCACGUUAAUGCAGGUGUGACCCGUUCCCACUUGUUUUACAGGUCCUCCUUGUAUGCUUUUGCUGAAUCUUGGCACAGAAAAUUAAGUAGUUGGUCCUUCGUUUUGAGGCACUGAAGUGACUUGGAAAAAGGCGGGGCUGCUGAAUUUCUACACCAACUGUGUUUAUUAAAGCCCUCUAUUUCAGCCACAUGAAACGGAAGCAUCAGCUCGUCUCUGAUUCUCUCAAGGCCAAGAAACAACGACUGGCCCCUGCACCAGAGCCCUCGGAGCAAGAGGGCCCUGGGGCAGUUGAUGCUGCUCUCCAGUACUUGGUGUCUCUCUUCCCUCGCAAAUUAUUUGAGGAUUCCCUGCCGCCUUUGAUUCUGAGACACCAGAUCUACAGUCUCAUCAAAGACCGCACGACGGUGGACAGACACCUGAGCCAACUGAAGGAUGAGGGAUGCAUUCGGAUGUUCCAGCAUGGCUUUGAUUCCGACACUUUGGUUGUUGCAUUCACGGACAGUUAUAAAGAAAAGGUGCUGGAGUUUGUGUCUGGGAAGGAAUUUGCCAGGACAGUGCAGAAGUUCCUGGAUUCUGUCUUCACUUCCUGCCCUGACAUCAGUUUUGACAAAAACAGGAUGCUGAGGGAGUUUGGCUUCAGUGACAUGGAAAUCACGCAGUUGGUGAAUGCCGGAGUCCUGACUUUGCGUGAUGCGGGUAGCUGGUGGCUGGCAGUGCCGGGAGCAGGCCGCUUUGUCAAAUGCUUCAUCAAAGGAAGGAAAGCUGUGCUGAGUAUGAUCCAGAAAGCCAAAUACAAAGAGGUUUUGCUGUCUGAUCUGCAGAACCGUCGAGCGCCAAGUGCUGUGAAACUGGGCCUUCCCUACCACAUACAUGACAUCAUUGGAGCCCAGCUAGUGGAGUGUGUGCCAACCUCUUCUGGGACCUUUCUCCGACUGGCUGAUGACUAAGCUUGUGCAGCAUCACCAUCAAAUGCCAAGUUGUGCCUGAAGUGGACUGAAAAUAUCCCUUAGGCUUGCAGAGUUUACUCGGGCACAGGGACUUCUUCCUGAGCCCCCACCAUUAGUGGGAACAAAUAAACUUAUUUCCAGCAAAAUCACUAUUUAUUUAUGAACAAAAAUAUAUUUUGCACUUAAUAUGGGUCCUUGUGUGAGAAGAGCAUCUUAGCAGGACCUUUGACUGCCAUGUAAUGACUGCGACUGGACAUGAGAAUGAUGAGAGCAAGGAGCUUGCAGUGUGACCUGCAAAUGCAGAAAUACCAUGAGAUGCCUACCCAAUUAGAAACAGAAGAGCGAAGAUCUAAUAUGCCCAACAGGCAAUUCAUUCCUGUUCACGUGCUGUCAAAUGACUAAGGAAAUACCUUGAACUUUAAAUAAAAGCUGUUCCUUUCCAUUC